UAAAUUUUCAAAGAGCUGGGAUGAUUGGAAUUUCAACGACAUUUGACUUCUUUCUAGAUUGAAAUAGGGCUUCCCCUUUCUCCUUUUCCUCUUCUCCGGAGUCGCGUAGUCAUCACCGUCUGGACCUCUCCACCGUCAAGGGAACCGCUAUAAGGUGUCGGCUGGGAACUUUAACCUAAGCCUCGCCGGUGAAAGAAAGACGGCCUAAGGAUUGAAACCCCCCUGGUGAAGCUCUUCAAAUUCCUCUGUGCUAAGCCGUGUCAAUCAGUGCUCCGCCGCGUCACCGGUGGAUUCGGUUGUUCCUUGGCUCCUCCCGUCAGGAAAAUUUCAUAUAUUUCGAUUGAGAACCGACUUUGUGGAGUGUCAGUUGAUUGCUUGCAUAUCGAUUUGGUUAGUGAAAAGUAGGCAUGAGUAUAUUGCGUUUUGGAUUAGGAAAGCUCUAUGUUUUGCUCGGAGAGGCAAGGCAUUAUACAGUAAGUUAACCAAAAAAAUAAAAAAAUUGGUAGACUGUGACGGCUUUUAUUUUGUCAACCUGGGGACUUUUGAACUCUAGGAAUUUACUCGUUAUAUACUGGUGUUUGUGAAUGUAUAUAGUGCACGGAUUUCACGUAAUUUAUUCAUUAUUUAUACGCAAUCUGUAUAAUCAGGUGAUCCCACAUCUGUGGAGAACAUUAAGCAAACUUUAUAAACAGUUUUGUGUUCUUUACCCUAUAACAACAAUGCAUUGAGCUUUAGGAACUAUGCCUACUCGUUAUAUGCGUAAGAAGGCUUAUGAUACCAGGAGAAUGGCUACUUUGGAGAAAUUUCUACAGUUAAAACCACCUUAUUUUGAGGGAAAACCGGAUCCAUCUACUGCAGAGAUGUGGCUUAAGUCAAUUAAGGAGAAAUUUGAUACCUUGGAUGUGCCUCCAAAUUACAGAAUGCAGUUUGCCACGUUUCUUUUCGAGGGAAAUGCUGAGGCAUGGUGGGACUUGAUGGAAGAUGAUCAUGACGUGGAGAACAUGAAUUGGGAUCAAUUUGAACAGUUUUUUCAGGAGAACUUUGUUACUGUUGAUAAUCAUUUGUCAACGAUUUCAGAGGUUUUUCUUGAUGAGAAUCUUGGUCCAUUCAAGUUUUCAAAGGAAAAGAAAAAAAUAAAAAAUGGGUUGGUGACUAGGAAAAGCCAGAAUCAGUUGCAAGGUUCACAGGGUAAUGGGACCUCCUGUGGUGGUAGUGGUUUCUCAGGCAGUGGACGUUAUAGUCCCUAUAGCUGUUACAACUGCAACCAACAAGGCCAUUUGAAGAAGGCCUGUCCAUUACGUUUGCAACAAUCUCCACUUUCCUUGAAGGGUUCUUUGGGUAGUCCGUCAGGUUCAGUUCAAUUGGAAGUCAAGACUCCUCAGGGCAGUCAGGACCAUAAACAGUUGGAAGGUUCACUGGGUAGUGGGAUAACUAGUGGCAGUGGUUAUAAGACUCCUCAGGGCAGUCAGUACCAUAAAAAGUUGCAAAAGUUGCAAGAUUCACAGGGUAGUGGGAAAACCAGUGGCAAUGGUAAUCUCUCGGAGCCUGGCCCUAAGGGUUCACUAGGCUGUUUCACUUGUGGCCAGCGCCAUUUCAAGAAGAACUGUCCACUCCGACAACAAAAGCGACCUCAAACUAGUCAAGCUAGACCAAAGCAGUUUGCAGUAGCUAGGAUUGGGAAGAAGAAGAAGAAGAAUCAACUUCCGUUGCAAGGCCCAAAAGUUAAUGGGAGCACCAACAUUUGUUACAAGUGUGGCAAGGCGGGCCAUUUCCAGAGGAGCUGUCGUAUGAUUAGCAGCACCGAUCUCCACUUUCCUUGAAGUGUUUAAGAACUUAUAAAAGCUUCAUUGUGGGGUUAAAAUUGAAAGAAGUCCUCAGCCAAGCGCAAGUGCAGAGCACACUACUCUCCCUGAGUUGUUUGAUCAACAAGGUGAAGCCAUCAGAUGCGUAAGUGCAGUGCAUGGUACUUAAGCCUUUGCUUGUGUCUUCGAACACUAGCAUGGCAAAAUGGGGCGGUGGGUUGGAGCCCCGAGCUAACGGGGCGGUUUUGCCCCAGUUUGUUCGGGGUAGUAUUCGGGGCGGGGUGCCGACCUGCUGCGCUCUGCUAUUGAUUCAAGCAGGUCGAUCGAUGAUGGUUAGAGAUGCUCUAAGGAUUUGUUCUGUGUAUUAGAAUUAAGCUAUGUUAUCCUAAUCAAGGGAAGAGAGGAAUCAAGGGAUUGUUGAGGAAUCCUAAUCUUGAUGAUUUAUUAAAUUUAAUUAUUUAGCAACUAGAUAAUAAUGAAAACAGUAUUGUUCUAUAACUAUUAUGAUGAAUGAUCUUAAAUUCUUAUUUUUAAAAAAAAUAAAAGAAGUAAUAUUGUGUGCA